GAGCUUCCCUAACUCAACCCCGCCUAUUGGAGACGGACUGCUGAAGCCCACCCCCGAGCCACAACGCUAUUGGAGGAAGCGGGGAAGCUCUUCCUGUCUCAUUGGAGGACACCACAUAACCCGCCCCGCAGCGUCUCAGCCACAGGCCUAACAAGUUGGCUCCCGCCUCCGCCGGUCAUCGCAUUGGAAGGCUACCCCUGGCUCUCCCACCGCCCCAGUAAGCGGAAACGGCCAGGAACGAGCUCUGGCAGCAGGUGGGCCUAACUCCAACGAUGGCUUCCAGCCGCGAAACCACAGCAGCGAAUUGCGAACUCCAAAGGUAGCCGACAGGUGGGAGUAGCCUCGCCAGUAGCCAAACCCUGCCCCAGGACAGAGGUCUAAAAGCGGAGCUCGGGAGAAUGUCAUCCAAUCCACAUCCGAGAACGCGAAAAAAAGGGACUCUCGUCCAGCCACUGGAAGACAAGAGAAGGCGGGGCCUCCGGGCGAGCCCGAGGUGGGUGGGAGAGAGGAAACGGGCCCGCCCCUCAGCUCCCCUCCAGGCGGGUUGCACAAGCCGCCAGCGGAGUAGAUAGUAAACAGUCUGGGCCCAGGAGUGCAGGCAGGGGCCGCCCGGCGCUCGGUGGACUGGGCCCCUGCGCCGCCUCUCCCGGCGUCGCCCCGCCCGGCCGGGACGGUUCCCGCCGGCGCCCCGCCUACCCGCCCGCGGCCGCCAUCCCGGCUGACAGGCGCGCCCCCCGCGCCCCUCCCCGCCCGCUGAUGCAUUUCCUUUUCCCGAUUCCGAGCGUGGAGACUGUUUUCCCAGUUUCCGACCUUCACUGCCCCUUUCAGGCCACCCCCUCGUGGGCGCGCACACGCCGGCGCCCUCGCCCCCGCCCCAUCCGCGCCGAGCGGUCCGCAGCGGCAUCUCGCAGGAAGGGGGAGCCCGGCGGCGGCACGGCCGGGGGAGGGGAAGAGAGCAGCAGUCGCCGCCGCCGCCUUGGGGUGGGCGGGGAAGCAGGCAGCUCCAUGUUUGCAAGGGGAUCAGCCGGGACCGCGGGGCGAAGCCGCCGAGUUCCUGGGGGUUUUCCGUACCACCGGUGCGAGCUCCUUGCCGGCUCGUGGCCUGCCGGGUGCCGGCACCAAAUGCUGACUCGACCGCCAAGGCCAGGGAGUUUGGAAACCCGGCAGCUCGCGGGGCUAGCGGCGAGGCGCAGGGGCUCUUUCCGGUGGCCUCUCCCGCCCCCGGCUGCCCCUCCCGCAAGUCCAGUGUUGCCCCCGCCCCCAGAGUCCAUAACAACCGCGGGCCCACAGUGCCCGCGCCUCUCCGGAACGCGCCCACCGCCCCCUCCAAGUUUGCGGGCAGAAACAAAACCCUCGAGGCGGCUGCCGCCCUUGUCCAGCGUGGGUAGCCAGGAAAGCCGCGGGCCCCGGCUCGCUCGCUAACUCCAGCUCUCGAGCAACUCCGGGGUCCGCGAGCUCAGUGGGCCCCGCCGACCAUGCUCCAGCCGCCGCCCCCUGCCGAGCCCGCACGCCGCAGCUCUGGCCCGGUUCUAGUCGGUGUGCGGAAUCUCCCUUUUCUUUCUAAUAUUUUUCUUUUUUAAAAAACGGCACAACAGGAACCGGAGGUCUCCUGCCCGCCCCUUCUCCAGUCCGCCGCCAAAACCUACCGAAACGGACUGCUCGGUGAGAUAAACUAGGCAACACGGCCGGCGCAGGGACGACCCCAGGCCGGGCCCACCCCCUCCCCACGGCUCCGGCACGGCUGGGAAACACACACACUGGCGAGCGGGCGGCGCCAAGAGCUCUCCUUCCUGGCCUGUCCCUCGCCUACCUCGGCCGCGGAACUCCGAGCCUCCCCUCAGCUCGGUCCCAGGGCCCACGGGGCCCACACCACGUCGGGCCGGCCAGACCGAGCGGCCGGCGGACUAACCCCCCAAACGCCUGAGAUUGGGGGGACCAAAUUAAAAGCAGCUGUUUAACAUACCUUCCGAGCCAGGCGAGGAGUCCUGAAUGGGGGGGAACGCCCCCCACGGGCUAUUGGCUCCCCGGCGCUCACGUCAGUCACCCUGGGCCCGCCUCCGCCCUCCGCCCCGCCUCUUCCCCUUCAUUGAACGCCCCCUCCUUCCAAAAAAUAUAAAUAAAUUAAUUGAACUAAACGCGAGUGGGAGACGCAUCCGUGGUAGAGGCCCUUAUAGCUCCCUCGCCGCCGACUCAAGUUUCUUGAGGUCCUCGGACUGGAGGGAAGCCUUCUGGGACUCGGAGAUCCGCUGGGUGGACGCGGAGGAGGAGCCAGCGGGGCUACCCGGCCCC